AUGAAGAUUUGGAGCAGACUUGUGAUAACUGCUUUAAUUUUGGUGAUUCUGAUAACAUCAAUAUAAAAUAAAUCUAGUGGAGGCAGAAGCAGUGGAGGUAGAAGCAGUGGUAGGUCUUCUUCGUUUAGAAGUUCGUACUCGACAGGCUAUAAUUCAUAUUAUGGAAAGUAUUACUAUAGUGGAUCUGGAGUCAGUGGAGGUGCAUGGUGGGUAUACUUAAUCAUUCUGGGAGUCCUAUUUAUUGCAUUCCUUUCAUAUAUAAUUGCGCUAUCGUGCACAAAUAAUAUUUCAUUCUGCAGAGCAUUAGUAGCAGUAUUGAUGUUUAACUGCAAAGAGCCAGCGCGAGAUGAUCUCGGCUGUUGUGGAAGAGAAAAAUCAAGAAAAAAUGCAUAUGAAACUAAAAAUAAACAAGUCAUUGAAAAUCAAAACAAUUCAUAGGUAAUAGAUCCUUACCAAGAUGAUGUUAAAAACGACGAUCAGAUCAUAUAAGUUUAAGAUAUAAAUACUGUUUAAGGAGCAGGUGGUUACCCUCCAAUGACCUAUGAUGCCUAACAAUAAAAUCUUUAACCUAUUGUUAACAGUGAUUAGAAUCAACCAGUAUUAUAUGGUGGUUUCCAAGCGUAGCAAGAGAUGAUUUAGCCUUAAGCACAGCCAAUAAUGAAGGUCAAUAGUUAUAAAAUUGAGUAAAAUACUGUUAAUAAGAAUGAUGAUAGCUCACUAGACUCAAGCUCAUUAUCUAAUGAUAAUAUGAACGAUCCUUUGAAAUAAUCUGAAUAAUAGCAAUUAUCAAACCCUCCCUUAGGAAACACAAUGCCUUUCGUGUAAACUUAGCAAUAGCCAGUAGGGAUAUCCUAUGUAGCAGCCACCCUACUAUGA